CAGGUGAGGAGGAGCAGGAGGAUGCUGUGUCUGAUGUAGAGGAGAUCCCAAAGUCCAAGAAGAAGAAGAAAGGGAAGAAGAGCAGCAGGAGCAGCAAGAGGCAGAGGCCGGUCAGAGAGGAGUUGCCCGUCAGCUCCCCAGAGCCCCGGAUGGGAGUGGAAGCUGCAGAGAGAGAUGCAGGAGAGGCAGGUGUUCGGUCAGAGAGUGAAGGGAGUGAUUACGCUCCAGGAAAGAAGAAGAAAAGGCGCUCCAGCUCGGCCAAAGAGAAGAAGAAAGGAGGAGGAGGAGGAGGAGGAGGAGGAGGAGCAGCAUCUUCAGAGAAAGGAGGCUCCUCCAGCUCCAAGAGCAAACGCAAAGAUCCAGAGCCAGAGGAAGACGAGGAUGAUGAGGAGGAUUGUCUGCCGAAGAGCUCCAUCCAGCUGUUGGAGACUUGGGGUAUGAAGGACAUCGACCACGCCUUCACUCAGGAGGACUACAGCUCCCUCACCAACUACAAGGCCUUCAGCCAGUUUGUCAGACCUUUAAUUGCAUCAAAGAACCCCAAAAUUGCCGUGUCCAAGAUGAUGACUUUGAUGAUGGCUAAGUGGAGAGAGUUCAGCACCAACAACCCGCUUAAGAAAAAAUGUGAAAUGUCCAUCCCGGUUUCUCAAAGUCCAAGGCGAUGUGAGAAGUCCAUAUUUGAGUGA